AAGCGUCAAAAUCAAUUCUCAAUUAAUGUGACCCGGCUGGCUUGCUGCAGAUGCAAACGAAAAGCCUCCAAAAACAAAGCGAUAAUUUGAACAGACGAUGGGAUUAGUCUUUCUCGCAACAAUAUGCAGAAGGAAGAGAAACGUCGAAAGUUUCACCAGUCCCUCCUCAACCUUCUCUAUCCUCCCCCACCCUCCCCUCAUCUCCAAGAUAGAGAUGAGGAACAACCCAUCAACAUUUUGCAGAAUUGCUUGGAUACAGAUCUCAUUUCAGAUGAAUUUGGGAAGAGUGGCUGCUCCUCGUCAAGCGAUGACGGAGGUGAAUGUGGGCCUCAGAAGCUGACUAGGGCGCAGAGGAAGCGGAUUCGGAAGAAGAAGGUUAGAGAAGCGGCUUCACAUCGCAGGAAAUUAAUUGGGCCUCUUUUACCUGGCGAUGAUGAUGGUUCUGGGGAUCUUAGCAAUGAGUCUCAAGGUGUUGUUCGAAAUGCCACUGAGAAAUCAGACAUUGGAAGCGCCAUGCCUGGAGAGCGAGCUGGUUGCACGAACCAGAACAAGAGGAAGCAUAGAAGGAUGGCUAAAAAGCAGGCCAGAGAGAGGUCCGCAUUGUCUACUUCAGAAAAUUUCCAUCAAGAUUGUGGCCCUUGCAGUAACAAUGAUAGAUUGACCUGAGAAUCGUAGGGGCAUCAUUGUGGUAGGUGAGGUUCGCAGUCAUGCAGAUUCCUGCAGAUAGGUUCUAGUUUGUUGAAUUAGUGUUGGAGCUCUCUAAGUGGCUUCUGUAGAUUUAUAAACUUGUAUUUCUUCUUUUCCCCUAAUCAGUGGAGAUAUAUUGAUGGCGUGAGAAGCAUUGGUACCACUGUGACCAAAAAACAAGAAAAAUACGGAGAUAUGAUACGUAAGUUGGUUCAAGAGUUUUGAAGAUUAUUUUUUCCCUUUGAAAAUUGUGUGAAAUGUUAUCAUGUUCAGGCCGCUGUCUUGAGGUGUUUUCAUCGCAAGUAGUUUCAGUAAAGAGAGAAAACGCAUCUUAUAAUUCUACAAAGAUUGUGUUUAUAUUAUUUACUAUUUAGUAAAAGCCUACGAGUGGAGAAACUCUUCAAAUAGAAGUGUUGUCCUGUUUAGGGAAGUGAUAUUCACGGUCCCAUAUAACCUCUGGCUAUCUCCUUGUGAGAGAGGAGAUAGCGAAAAAUGACUAUAGAUAUAAUCUUUUAUCUUAUCGAUCUAUUUAUUAUGAAAAUAAGAGGGACCCAUAUAUUUAUGGAUCACCAUUCGAAACAAAUAAGAAUCUAAAACUUUAUUUUCAUUAUGAUUUUUUUUUAUUUGUUGAUAUCCUAGACGGAGUAUUUUUGGUACCUAUCUAUGAUUUACUAGAAGAGUUUGUCCCUGAUUAUACUCUAAGAAAAACUAAAAUUAUAGAUAUGAAAGAAACUCCGUAUAAAAGAAGUACGGACCGAUGAUAUUUCAAUUGGGAGAUUAUCAAUUUAUCUUUUUAAAAGGAACUCUAUAUUUAGGCCUAGAUCAACGGAGAUAUUCCUAUCGAUAUAGAAGAGUAUCAAAUAUUUUAUUUGAUUAGACAUCUAGGGGUAAAGCACUAUUUCGGUGCAGGCCGUGAGAGCGAUACCAAAUUGAGGCAAACUGUGAAUGCUAGAUAUGACCUCAAAAUACCAAGGGGUCAAGGUCGGCCAGUGAGAAGAUGGGGGAUAACUUUCAUCGUCGAGAGAGAAACAGCUCGGUUCACCAGCUAAGGCCCCUAAAUGACCGCUUAGUGAUAAAGGAGGUAGGGGUGCAGAGACAGCUAGGAGGUGUGCCUAAAAGCAGCCACCCUUGAAAGAGUGCGUAAUAGCUCACUGAUCGAGCGCUCUUGCGCCAAAGAUGAACGGGGCUAAGCGAUCUGCCAAAGCUGUGGGAUGUAAAAAUACAUCGGUAGGGGAGCAUUCCGCCUUAGAGGGAAGCAUCCGUGCGAGCAGUGGUGGACGAAGAGGAAGCGAGAAUGUCGGCUUGAGUAAUGUAAACAUUGGUGAGAAUCCAAUGCCCCGAAAA